AUGGCGGGGACUGAGACAGUCAUCACCUGCUAUGGGUUGGUCCAGCGUUUGAGCUGUGAGGAUGGAGUGAUCAUUGUGCAGUCAGCUACAUAUGGACGGACAGAUGCAGAAAUCUGCAGUAGCAACCGACGGCAACAGGAGCUGGCCAACACAGACUGUUCCCGUACGGUUCCGCGCAUCUCAGAUAUAUGUAAUGGGAAGAAAGUGUGUGAGAUCAAUCCUCACACAUUCUCUCUUCCUGACCCUUGUUUUGGAACCUACAAGUAUUUCACCACAAUCUACACAUGCGUUCCAACUCAGACCUCUGUGACAUGUGAGGGUGGAUAUAGCACACUGGACUGCGGUUCUGAUGUGAUUGAGAUUAUCAGCGCAAAUUAUGGACGCACAAACACCACAAUCUGUUCAACCGGACGGCCGAAGUAUCAAGUCACCAAAAGCAACUGCUUCGCUCAAAACACCGUGGCUAAAGUUGCUGAGCAAUGUGACGGUAAGAGUCAGUGCUCUGUGCGUGCAUCCAACAGUGUCUUCUCUGAUACCUGCGCUGGAACCUACAAGUACCUGAAUGUCACCUACUCGUGUUCUAAUCUGAUUAAGAUCUACGAUGUGAUUUAUGGACGUUCAGACAGGACAACCUGCGCUGCUGGACAUAAAUACGGUCAAAUCAUCAACACUGACUGUUCUGAUCGCAACGCCUACGCUGUAGUUGCUAAGCAGUGUAAUGGAAAGAACAAAUGUUUGGUGCAUGCAUCAAACUCCGUCUUUUCCGAUCCAUGUCCCGGCACCUCCAAGUACCUGAUAAUCAGCCAUUCAUGCAAGAAAUUGUAG